CUUCUCGCUGAGGAAGCUGUGCGCCGUUUAUGUGCUCACCACGAAGACCACGUUGAGCGACUUGCCCGGCUCCAAGCUGGUGCCGUCAGCUGCGUUGAGUGGCGGUGACUUCCGACACACCAAGGGGAGCAUGAGGCGCAGGUAAGGACCCACCACCUUGCCCGCCUUGGAGUCGAGUUUCUUCGAGGCGGGAGCCGCCUCCGAGAGGUACCCAACACCGAAGUUGGGCGUGCAAGUCGCUUGAAUGUCAUCCUCGUUCAGCUCAGUCAGGCACAGGUCCUCCUCGUGAGGCACAGGCCCAACGCCUUCCACCGGCAUCGCUACAGGAAGCCCUGAACACGCAAAAACACACACCCACACACCAAUUGCCACGCACACACACAGUCAAGAAGCCGACGCUUCUCUCUGUUGCUGAUCUACCUAGGAGCUCGUCCCCUCACCACAAGGUCGUCGUACGUAUUGCCGACGACGAGGUGCGCCCGAGGCGGCGGCUUACCCAAUAAUACAACUCGGGGAUAGUUCAAUCGCGAGCUGGAAACAGUAG